ACCCCUUAUUCUUUGCAAACAAAUUCACAUCCAACUCCCAAAGAUUCCACAAAGCACACUAUGGAGCAUUUCUACAUUACCUUUCUACUUCUCUUUGUCUCCUUUGUAAGUCUCUCCCUCUUCGUCCUUUUCUACAGGCACAAGUCCAACUACUCCGCCCCUAACCUCCCUCCAGGCAAGCCUGGCCUUCCCAUCAUAGGCGAGAGCCUAGAGUUCCUGUCUACCGGAUGGAAAGGCCAUCCGGAAAAGUUCAUAUUCGACCGUAUCGCCAAGUACUCUUCUCAGGUCUUCAAGACCAACAUCCUUGGCGAGCCGGCCGCCGUCUUCUGCGGCGCUGCCGGCAACAAGUUCUUGUUUUCCAACGAAAACAAGUUAGUCACAGCAUGGUGGCCAAGCUCGGUUGACAAAGUCUUCCCAUCCUCUUUGCAAACUUCAGCCAAAGAAGAAUCAAAGAAAAUGAGGAAACUCCUUCCUCAGUUCAUGAAACCUGAGGCCUUGCAAAGGUAUAUCGGAAUCAUGGAUACUAUUGCCAAUAGACACUUUGCUUUGGGAUGGGAAAACAAAGAUGAAGUUGUUGUUUUCCCGCUGGCAAAGAGAUAUACUUUUUGGUUAGCUUGUCGUCUAUUUUUGAGUAUUGAGGAUCCCAACCAUGUUGCAAAGUUCGAGGCUCCUUUCCAUCUCUUGGCUUCUGGUAUCAUUUCUCUUCCCAUUGAUCUGCCUGGAACCCCAUUUAAUCGUGCUAUAAAGGCAUCAAAUUUCAUUAGGAAAGAGCUUUUAAAGAUCAUCAAGCAAAGAAAGGUUGAUCUAGCGGAGGGAAAGGCGUCGCCAACUCAAGAUAUAUUGUCGCAUAUGUUGUUGACAAGUGAUGAGAACGGACAGUUUAUGAACGAGAUGGAUAUUGCUGAUAAGAUUCUGGGAUUGUUGAUCGGAGGACAUGAUACCGCCAGUGCUGCCUGCACUUUUAUUGUCAAGUAUCUGGCAGAACUCCCUGACAUAUAUGAGCAAGUGUACAAUGAACAAAUUGAGAUAGCAAAUUCAAAAGCCCCAGGUGAAUUAUUGAAUUGGGAUGACAUUCAAAAGAUGAAGUAUUCAUGGAAUGUUGCCUGUGAAGUGUUAAGACUUGCCCCACCACUACAAGGUGCUUUUAGGGAAGCCAUCAAUGACUUCAUUUUCAAUGGUUUCUCCAUUCCAAAGGGCUGGAAGUUAUAUUGGAGUGCAAACUCAACUCAUAGAAACCCUGAGUGCUUCCCGGAACCAGAGAAAUUUGACCCUUCAAGGUUUGAUGGAAACGGGCCAGCUCCAUACACAUUUGUUCCAUUUGGCGGAGGUCCUAGGAUGUGCCCUGGCAAGGAAUAUGCUCGAUUGGAAAUACUUGUUUUCAUGCAUAAUCUGGUGAAAAGGUUCAAAUGGAAGAAAUUGCUCCCUGAUGAGAAGAUUAUCGUUGACCCCAUGCCUAUGCCCGCGAAGGGUCUUCCAGUUCUCCUUUAUCCUAACAAAGCUUAAGGUGGCUUAAUCUCCCAAAUUAGGACACUCGUUAUCUAUCUAGCAACACAAAGCAACUUUACCAGCCACCCCUUUAGCACUUUAAUUUAUGGGUCUGUCAUGUUUAUGAAAUAUGAAUCAAGACAUUUUACUCGUCUGUUUAUUCUGUCAGCUUUUCUCUGUUGUUUUUUUUUUUUUUUUAAAUCAAAUAAAUUUUAUUAAGCAACCUGAUGAUUACAAAACUAUAACUCUCUGCCAAAAGGAACAGAAACGCCUUACAAAAAAACACAUCGAAUGUAUGAACCCCAAAUUCUCUCAAUUCUAAAAACUAAGACUGAAAAAAGAUGGAGAAAACAGCACAGAAAAACAUCCCACCAAAUAUCAAUUGUCCAAGUCCUCAAAGUAACCUCAAACAUAUAUCCAACAAGCCUCCAGGUCUUCAACCAAAUUGCUACAGCAUCCACCAAAUUUCUGUCAGCUGGCGUCGACCCGCUUUCUUUAAGUCAUUCGAUCACUCGAGAGUACUUUUUUCUAUCGCAAUCUCUCUGGUUUUGAGUCCACACGGAUCUACUGAUUUUUAUGUACUCU